CUUGUGAUGUUUCAUUCUUAUGCCUUUCUCUUGGGGAAAUCCAGGUAUCCCACCUCUUGAAAUCCUGCAGACAAUGCAGCAGCCUGCGCCUGCCCGUCGUUCCUCAACACACACUGAGCUGUCUUCAGUUGCCGUCUCUUUGUGGCUUAGUUAGAGCCCCGUGAACCUACGGGGUAAGCAAGGGAAGGAAACUAUGCUGUGAGGAGCGUUUCACGUGGAGCAGUGACUUGCUGGUAUCUGGGGGAGAAUGAGUACUCCAAAUGGAUUUCCGCAGCACUCAGGGGCGUGUGUCACUCGGAGCACGGAGGGUGGAGCAGUGCAGGACCUACACGCUAAAAGAGCAGGAAAAGCAGCAAAGAAGGAUGCUGGUGGCAAUGGGGCGCUUACCUUUGAAGAUACUCCAAGUGCAGGCACUGCUUUAAAUGAAACCUUAAAGCUCCUACCCGAUGAACUCAAAGCCAACAUGAAAAUGAAGCCACUCUCCCCAAGGCCUCCUCAGAAGCCCCGGUUGGAGCGUGCUGCGUCUCUGGAUGAGAAGAGCUGGAGGAGGUGGAGGCGGUUUCGAACGAGCCAGGAGAGUCUGACGGACCCCAACGAGACGAGCUCCUCCAACGGCUCCCUGCAGGAAGCGGCCCUCGGCCCUCCUGCCCGGGGCAGGGCCGGCCCCUGCCACCGGUGCUGCCACCAGAACUCCUUGCACAGUUCACCGGGUGCCUCGGAAGCCAGUGCCGCGGGGAAGAGCCGAGGGAGCACCUCCGACCUGGGGAAACGAGCCUCUGAGCUCUCCAGUGCCUUUGGGGGGCUUCUGCGGGGGAAGGCGUUCGCAGGCAGCAAGCCCCGGCUGGCCCAGGUAAUGCCGGCGCGACCUCUGCCGCCCCUGGAGCUCAGCGUGGCCUCUCCCUCGCUGAGGACAGCAAACAGGAUUGACUCGGAUUGCCUGGAUUACCGACAGUAUUCUCAGCACAAGUUUGGGAGGGUGAGCAGCAGUUUGAGCGAUACCAGGCUGCAUGGCAACGGCAUGGUCUAUGAUAAUUGCUCCACGGACUCCAUGAAGUCUACGUUCAGCCUGCUCACUCCCAUCCGCUCCAAGGAUGUCCGCAGCAGAAGCUAUUUGGAAGGCAGCCUUCUGGCAAGUGGUGCCUUACUGGGAGCAGAAGAACUUAGCAGGUAUUUCCCUGAUCGCAAUAUUGGAAUCUUUGUGGCCACCUGGAACAUGCAGGGUCAGAAGGAACUUCCAUUGAAUCUGGAUGACUUUUUAUUACCAACAGACCCUGACUAUGCCCAGGACAUGUAUGUCAUUGGGGUUCAAGAAGGCUGUCCAGACAGAAGAGAGUGGGAGAUCCGCCUGCAGGAGACACUGGGCCCCCACUACGUCAUGCUCUACUCAGCUGCGCAUGGGGUGCUGUACAUGUCGGUCUUCAUUCGGAGGGACCUGAUCUGGUUCUGCUCAGAAGUGGAGUAUGCCACGGUGACAACUCGAAUCGUAUCUCAGAUCAAAACCAAGGGAGCUCUGGGAAUCUCCUUCACCUUUUUUGGGACCUCCUUUCUCUUCAUCACCUCCCACUUCACAUCUGGGGACAGCAAGGUGAAUGAGAGGAAACUGGACUACAAUAAAACCAUUCAGAGCCUUACACUUCCCAAGAAUGUUCCGGACACAAACCCAUAUCGAUCCAGUUCUAGUGAUGUCACAACACGGUUUGAUGAAGUCUUCUGGUUUGGUGACUUUAACUUCCGACUAAAUAAGGAUCGGGAGACUGUGGAUUCCAUCCUGAACCAGAACCCUGAAACAGACGUGUCCAGGCUCCUGGCGUAUGACCAGCUCACUAGUGAAAUGAGCAGGGGGUCUAUUUUCAAAGGAUUCCAAGAGGCUGACAUUCGUUUCCGCCCUUCCUACAAGUUUGACAUAGGAAAGGACAGCUAUGACACCACUUCCAAACAGAGGACUCCUUCCUACACGGACCGAGUUGUGUUCCGCAGUCGGUACAGGGAUGAUAUCCACGCUGUCAAGUACUCCUCGUGUCCUGUGAUCAAAACUUCAGACCAUCGGCCUGUGUUUGCCUUGUUUCGGGUGAAAGUGAGGCCUGGCAGAGACAACAUUCCACUGGCUGCAGGGCAGUUCGACAGAGAACUCUAUUUAAUCGGCAUAAAGAGACGGAUUACGAGGGAACUUCAGAAACGGAAAGAGCAAAAGGACCAAAAAUCCAGCAGCAUAUGUAGCAUUUCCUGAGCUCAGAACUCUGUGUUAGAGGUGCCCGGAAAGAGGAUUUCAGGCCACAACAAACUCUGCAGGGAAUUGUCUGCCUAAGCACCUCUGGCAGCCACUGUGGCUCCUGCAGAAUGUCUUAAACCUCAUCCUGGAUUCAUUUGCAUGAGCUAAUCCAUGUAGCUCAGUGCUUUUGCUGAAGAAAAUGGAGUCAGUUAUGUAGGACAUCCAUCCCAACAGAUGUAAUUGAUUUCAUUUUAUCCAUACUAUCUUCGGAAGCAACCGGAUGCAGCCUCUAAAAUGACUCCAUGCAGGGGGCCCAGCUUCUGGAACUGGCAUGACAAGGGACCUCAGAAAAGCCUGCAGGAAGGUGAAUCUGUUUGUCUGUUUGGUUUGAUCGGGUUAACUUAUGUUGUGGGGUUGUUUUCUUCUCCUUAUCUGUAGCCAAAUGUAUGGUGGUAUUCUGUCAAAUGCAUAACAGGGACCAGUGAGGGGACUUGGGCAGGUUUGUGUAAGCUUAGUGCUCCUGUGUUGGGCUUUUUUGUUCCUCUGCAACAAGAUCUGUGUGAAUGUACAUUGGAAGUGUAGGGACACUGCCUUUCAAUAACUGUUCUAUAGGCCUUCUGUUGCUAAGGGGGAAAAUCAGUCUCUCACACCAUGUAUCUGGCUGUUGAGACUGAAACAAUCCCUUCCUUGUAACUCACUUGCCCUCCGCAGGGGUGAUGCUGCUGCCUGCCUUCACAGCAGGACACUUGGUCUGAGUACAGCUUCACCAAAGGGAUCAGGAUGCUAGGGGAUGUCAAUGCAGAGACACUGCAGCCAGUCACAUCAGCACAGUCCCAUUACCUCUGAUACUAGUUAAUUCCUUUGGAUUUUUCCAAUUCAGUGAACUGUGAGUAACUUCCCGGUUUUGAAGUGUUGUCUUAAGGCUAAACGUCUUACAUGGACCAGUAUGGCACUGGUAAAAUGGUCACGUACAGCUAAUACUUAAGAACUCUUUAUGGGCACAGAUGGGUUGGAUCAUUAAUCACCUUAGUACAUAAACCACCGUGCAAACAACUUGGAGGAAGUGCUGCUACCUAUGCAACCUGUCCAAGACAGAGCUUCUGUUCUGCGGUACAAACGUUCAUGGCACUGACCUGGCUGUAGCCAUCAGGUAUUUGAUUUCCUUUCUUUUUAAAGGAAUAAAAAUAAAUUAAUGCAAUACCAGAAA